CUGCUGUGUGUGGGGUCUCUGUCAGAGCAGCUCGGAGCCCUGCGGGGAGUGGCAGUCACAGCAGGUGUGCUCCUCCAUAAUAGCGGUGCCCCUGCUGGGUGGCUGUGUGCCAGCAGCGGCCUUUGCUUCUGUCCCGGGCCGCUGUGCAUUUGGCUGGGAUUCCGGUCAGUUGCUGGGAGCGCGCCUGCUCCUUCUGGCUCCACAGCAGGUGUGCGGGGCUCUCCUGCAUGGGCCUCUACUGGGCUCCUCUGGCUCCAGUGCCGCUGGUGUGUGCGAGCCGUACCCGAGGUGUUCGGUUGCUGCCACUGUGGGCUCGCACAAGCCUGUCCUGGUCUCCUCUGGCGCCGUUGGCACACAUGAUUUUGCUCACGGUCCCUUCUGGCGCAGCCACCCCCAGAACACGCAAACACUCUCCCACUUCUGGGCCAGUGUGUCAGGGUCCGUGCCAGUUGGAGGAACGAUAAAAGCAGGGGAGUUAUGGGUAAAGAGUUGCUGAGUCGCAAAGGGGAGUUUUGGGACUUUCUUAGUUCUGAAGUCCUGUAUAUGUAGGUACCUCCUGCCAAGGAAAGGUUAGAUCUUAUCUCACAUAAUCAGGGACAUAAUAAAGGAUUUCGGUAAUAAGAAACUCCUGGACUUACUGCUUGAGGACAUUUGAGGAGCAGUCAUUAUUAAAUGCAGAAAUUGAAAUGGGAUGUUUAAAACCUGAAGAGGCCUUGGAGAAAGGUGACCAAAGUCCUUUCAUUUGAGUCCUCCCCUCAAAAUUUAUUAAAACAAUAAGGAAAAGAAGUUUUAAAACCAUCUUCAGUCCAUAAAGAAACAUGUCAAACACCAAAUGCAAGCUAUGAUGUGAACCUUCAAAAAAUCUGAGGGCGACCACAUGCCUCCUCCGCAGUCAAGCAGAAGAGAGAUUCCAUGGAUACAAGGGUCACUGUGAGUGGCAAAGGUGGAUCCCUGGAUCUGCAGGGAUGGACCUCGGCACCUGGGCGUCCCUGGGAGAAGCAGGCGUCAGCGUCCCUGUGGAGACCGAUUGGCCAUCACAGAGGUAGAGGACACGAACGGCUGUGGCCAUGACAACAGGACUUGUUUGCCUUCCGGUGGAAAAUUCUGGCUCAAAGGUAGAAAUUCACAGAACAUAACGUAUUUUGAGUCCAUUUACCUGGUCAUGGCAACAGCGUCAACUGUUGACUUUGGAGAUGUGGUGGCCAAGACAUGCCUAGGAUGGACCUUCAUCAUUUUCUUCACCCUGGGGAGUUUGAUACUGUUUGCAAACUAUGUCCUUGAAAUGGUGGAACUUUUUGCCAACAAGAGAAAAUACACCAGUUCCUAUAAAGUGGUCAAAGGGAAGAAGUUCAUCAUGGUGUGUGGAAACAUCACUGGGGACAGUGUGACUGCCUUCCUGAGGAAUUUUCUCCAUCGCAAGUCAGGGGAAAUCAACACUGAGAUCGUUUUCCUGGGAGAUGGUCUGAUAUUAAAUCCACCUGCAGAAGUUAGGCUGCAUAAGAAUACAUUAGGGUUCUUUGUCACCGAAUCUACAAAGGAUGUCAAAAGAGCCGCCUUUUACUGUGCCGCCUGUCACAGUGAUGUGUACACUCCUGAGCUCAUUGGAAAAUGUAGCUGCAAAAGCAAGAAUCAUCGACAUAUCACAGGUGCAACACCGAUUAAAAAGAAGAGCAGCCAGAAGGAAUUCUCGUCUGCCACACCGAGGGGUUCUUUUCCAAGGGAGCAGUCAAAAAUGACGAGCAGCUUGAGCAUCACCCCCAGGACUUUUCUGUAUGAAACGGAAGACGAUUCUGACCAGCUUGACAGCAGUGGCGUGUUUCACUGGUGCAAAGCAACCCCUUUGGAUAGGGUGAUUCUGGGGUCUGCACUCUUUCCUGAGGACCUCCAUGCAGUCAGCCUAGAGGAGUGUUCCAUGUGUGCUGUCUUAUCCUCGCCGUCCACGUCAUCGAGCAGCCAGACUUUGGUGGACACAGAGGCCAUCAUGGCCACCCUCAACGUGGGAUCACUGCGGAUCGGCUGCUCUGCCCAGACAGAGCCAGAUAAGACCACCCCCCUGACAGAAAGGGGCCGUGGGGAAUGGCGUGAGGAGAGAGAGUUAACUCCUGUCUGAAGAACUUCAGUCACGGGGAGUAGGAGAGGUUGGGCCGGGGCCAGUUGGCCUCUAAGGUCCCUUCCAACUCUCAAGAAUUUCAUAAUAGAAGUUUCAGACAGCUCAGUCCUGGGUAAUCCUAAGUCAAAUGAAAAAUGAUACUUGUUUUCUAAAUGGAAUGCCUGUAACACUGUUUUCCUAUUUUAAGGAAAAUCAUGGAAUUGUGAGUGCUGUUACUGUUGUUAUUAAUCAAAAAUCAGUGAACAUAGUAAUUGGCAUAUUAUUAUACUUAAUAAUGGGUAUUAUUGACCAUAAGUCUCGUUGGAUCAUGUAGAUGUUGAAGUCACUAUUCUUGGUUUCAUGGUUGAGAGAAUGAAGUAUAAUCUCCUUUACUCUUUAAGAUGCUGUCAAUACAUGUGUUUUAGGAGAUUGUCUCUAAGGUCCCUUCCAACUUCUAUAGAUGAAAAGUGUCAUAUUUCAGCUUCAGAUUGGAAAGAGGUCAUGCAAAGUGGGAAUCUCUUCAGGGUGGGAAUCAUGUAUUUCCCUCCUCUGAAUUCCUCCCACUGCCUGGUUCAAUUAUGUCACUUGGAUGCUUAAAACAAUCCUGUUGAAUUGAAGGAAAUGAGCCAGUGAGCUGGACUCUUGAGGAGUUACCACACAUUUCACGGUACCCAGACUGUGCUUGAGGUAAGUUCCCACUCCACAAUUGUGGUUUACCUUCCCCUCAAAUGGGAAAAGGCUUGUAUAUUAGUCUGUUCCUAAAAAUUGACUAUAGCCAUUCAAGCUAACAUGAAAGUACUAUUCCUGAAGAGCUGUCUGUAUCUAAAACAGAUUUUCCAUUCAAUAAAUGAAAGUAGCCCUGAUUGGAGUCCCCUGGAUCCAGCCAUUUCCCUUUGGAAAUGGCACUUUGAUAUUCAUUAGGUGCUUGCUGUUAGUUCUGCUUUACAAAUAUCCUGAAACCAAACCCAAAGUGCUAUGAAAAUCCAGACCUAGGAGGUGUGAGCUGUAUUUCUGCUGAACAAAUCUGAAGAUCCAUCAAAAUGC